UGGUUCGCCAUCUCGUCGGUCGUGACCUUGUCAAAUCCGGAGCCACCUCUGCGUACCGGUAUAAACACGAGCUCUACUGUUCUCACACUUUGUAUCAUAAUUACUCCCUGCAUGUUGACCUACUUCUGCUUAACCUUUAACUACAUCAAUAUGUCACUGCAGGAGUGUUUGUUAUUAUGUGUAAUUAAGGACUUUAGCUGUGCUUUAUCAUGCUGUUUAAUUCUAUAGUCUAUACGGUGCUAUGGAAAAACCGUUGUUAGAAAACUAAUAUUUAUCAAGGGUCAAGCUUAAACUUCUAUAACAUGAAUUUUACCCUGGAAGGCUCAGUCCUGUUGUGCAGGUCCAUGCUUGCAAUCACCCAGCUGUCUGACGGUUCUUGGCUACUCCACAGCGGCCUGUCAAAACUCUGUCCCUCCAAGCGCUGCAGGACCUGCAGGCUUCCUGAGCCGCUGAUUUGGUAGACCAGCCUCAGGCAGCUCCACUCGCUCUGCUCCAGAACCGGACUCAACAAGAUACCUGUCACAUCUGUACUUUUGUCCGAGUCGUUGUUCAAAACAGAAUCUACGGCAACAAAAUGUCCUGAAAUAGAAGACAAAAAUGGUAGCUACUGCCUGUACAGGUAAUAGCUUCUUUACACGAUAAGGACACAAAUAUGCUUCUUCCGGUUGGAUGGGGGGGCAGCAACCUAAGACGUGUCAAGAAUCCUACAGUAACAAGGGGCUUUUUGACUAUUGUGAAAAGACUGGGUCCUGGGCAUGACCAUAAAAGGCAUCCGGUGAUGAGGUCAUACAAGUGACCUGAGGAGAGUGACGCUACCUCAUAAUCAUCACCUGCGUCCAGGAUUCCCUCCAUUUUUGGUUGCUUUGUCUUUUUGGACUAGCCAAAAACUCAAGACCGUAGGUGACGGCAGGAACCGGAAAAUUGUGAUGCACAGUCCACAUCACUUCCAUCCUUUCAAGAUCUCAAAGUACAUAGACUCCUCCACUUGGGCAGGAUCUCAUCCUAAGAGGUACUCCACUCUUGUCUCCAAGAAGUGAAGACAUCCAAUGAGAAAGUCCAAACUUUCCUUCACUUCAUACUGGAACGACCAAGUAUUCAUUUCUUGGACCAAGACUUGGUCAGCCCCAAACAACUCCUUGGAAUCUCCAUAGACGGUAAUAAUACAGGAGUAAAAUAUUGGUGGAAAAGUGGCAAAUGUUUAUGAAAGGAUAUGAUUGGUCAUAUUCUUACAUGAGAAUGGAUACAAGCUUUCAUCCCUUCAUAUAAACAAAUACUGUCACGAUGUUGAUGUGAUUGUUCACAGCUCUCUUCGGGACUGGACUGAAUUGAGAAUUGCCUAAAUGUGCUCUUUCACUGAGUCCAGAUGUUCAAGGAUGUUGGAGCCAAUGGAGACCAGAUGUGGAUGUGAUCCUUCUCACUAGAUUUAAAAGUGUCAGCUAAGAGAAAAUCCCUAUCAAAAAUGCAGCAGGGUCCAGGUGGUAAAGUCUGCAUCUGACGUGUAACCGCAGGUGUCGGCCUCAAAGUUGCAGGAACCCGGCAACAAUGCCGUGUGGGCUCGGAUGGCGGCUUGAAACGAGAGAGAGGGGGGGACGGCAAAAAGAAAAACGGCACCAUCUGCUGGCACACUUGAUGUAAAAUCACCACUGGAACUCUUGAGGAUCAUCCAUCGCUGCGCUAUGAUGACGAGUGUGAAGCUUCCCUCUUUAGCUAAACGAGCGUCUGCUUCAUGUCAGCAUCCGCUUGCUGCAUCUCUAAUCCGCUCUGAUGUCACCGUGCUGGAGGAGGAGGGGCUCUGCUCUCUGUUUUAGCCGAACAACUUGUCGUCUGGACGGACUAACACUAUACCGCAGCAAGCCGACCGAGCGACCGGACACCGGGGGGGAGAAUGUGUGUACGACCGGAACUCCUGUACUGACGAACAGGGUAAGUUCCAAACACUGACCACCACAUCAAGACACUAAAAUGAGCCAUAAGUACCCGGAAGAAGGGACUGGGGAAGUAGGCGAGGAACGACCAGGAGCCUUGGUUCCUCAGCGGACUAGGCAGAACAAUGGAUCGGUGCCUGGAGAACCCCCUAUACGCCGAACCUGGAGGCCAUGUCAGAUGCACGCUCAAGAUGGAGAGUUGAAUUCCCACCCUCACCAUCACCAUCAACAGCCAUCUCAUCACUACCACCUACACGCAGCUCGUGGUCCACCACGUCAACGCCAACGGCGGUCAUCAGUGCAAGGUCAAAAUCAGGCUCAGUUUCCUGGUCUGGUGCCAGAGGUGGUUCCUUCCAAUGAAAGUCAAGUCAGUGAACCACGUCCUGUCCAGCAGAUUCGCGCAGCUGUUACCCGUUACCGCCGCCGUGGCGACCCAAAUCCGAGACUCAAAGGUCACAAACAGAAGCCUCCGAUCAAAGACACACAGCAGACCUCAUCAGGUACAGAAUCCAGAGAACGUCCUGCAGACGUUGCAGAGCAAAACAUGACAGACAAAUCUCUAAAGGACCAAUUACCGAGUAGAGGAUCUCCCUACCAGACUCCUGUUGCUGUGGUCACCCCUACCCACCUCACAUCAGAACCAGCACAUCUCGACCAGCAAGAGAAUUUACAGGAAAUUGCUGUGGUCUGUGAAGACGACAUGAAGGAAGUGAAGGACAAUGAAAAGUCAGAACCAUCAGAGGAUGGACGAGAUCUUCACUCAACCACAGAUCACUCUAUCUGCAGCCAUGACACAUUGCAGACAGUCCAGGAUGAAGCAGACGUUCAUGUAGACAAGGAGGUGGAAAAUCAGGAGGAAAUUAUGGAUGAUGUUCUCGAUGCUGAAGCUCAGGGAAGUGAAAUUACUGAUCUCUGCUCGGACACAGAAAGUGCUGCUUCUCUCAGUAACGACGGACCGCUCCACAGCCCUCCUCCACUCCAGUCCCCUACGCCGCCAUCGUCACCUGAUGCUCCACUUUUCCCCCAGCUGGACCACUUCAGUGAGGAUGCCAGUAUGAGUCCUCUGCCUGACGAUGAAGACGAAUGCUCCGAAUCACCUUCUGAAUAUUACCCCAAGACCUAUGCAGACUUUUAUACAGAAUCCCACCAAAAGUCUUACCUGGAACCUGUUGAGGAGUCAGAAACAAAAUGCCAUCAAACAUGUUUUCCAGAAGCUCUUAAGAUGUCAUAUUCUGAGGCACUCAGAGAACCUCGCAUGCAGUCUUGUCAACAGACCGAGCCAUCUGAUGCCCAGCAGGAGACCCACCUUGAGGUGCUUACCAGCCAUAGACAGGAGAAUGUACAAAAAGGCACUCAUUAUGCACCAAGUCGCGGCAGGGAUCGAGGUUCCCAUCCUUCCCAUGUGGACAGCUCUGUCGGCUGCCGGCUGCACCACUAUGACGCCCAGUCUGAUGGAGAGGGGGGCAGUGCUAAUCAAAGUCCCAUCCAGAAAAGUUUUUGGAAUGGACCCAGGCAUGCAGAUGCACGGACCAAGCAUCCAUCCCCUGCAGGCGAGACAACGGAUGAAGUCGGUCCCGAUGCAGAUAUAUCUGGGGACACCAUUAGCUUAGUGAUAAAAGACAUCAGGGAGGCAAUCGAGGAGGUUAAGACCAAGACUGUGCGGUCCCCUUAUACACCAGACCAACCUGUGGAGCCCAUUUGGGUGAUGAGGCAGGAAACCAGCCCCACGGAGGAAGUCAAGACAAUACAGAUGAUGGCCGGCCAUUCUUCUCCUCAGUCCCUCUCCCAGUCAGCGUCAAGGUCUCCAUCUCAGCACGCGUCAUUGUGUGAUAAGGAGUCUGGCAGUCUGCCGAGCGACGAGUCAUCAAAAGUCCUCCAUUCCCAACAACAUCCCGAGCGCCAGCCCCAACGGAACAACCAUCAGCACCAAAGCCGCCAGUCAAAACAGAGGGAUGUCACUCAACCACACUUUCAGCCAAAUCUACCACAACAACAUCAGCAUCAGGUUCAGCCUUCACCUCAGCAGCCGUCUGUCCAGGAAAUACGCAGGUCUCUCCCUCCUUUUCCCACAUUUGUGGAUAUCCCGGGACCAUGUGACCCCGAAGAUCUGAUUGAUGGAAUCAUCUUUGCCGCAACCUACCUGGGCUGCACCCACCUUCUUUCAGAGAGGACUCCCACAAAGAGCGCCCGCAUGGAGCAGGCACAGGAAGCCAUGAACAGAGUUCGGGCAGCUCAGAAGCAAGCAAAGAACAGGAAAAAGAGUCCUGACAAUGAGACUCCGCCCACUGCUGAGGUUGAUCUUUUCAUGUCCACGCAACGAAUCAAAGUCCUCAAUGCCGACACUCAGGAGUCUUUAAUGGACCUGCCGCUUCGGACUAUCUCCUACAUAGCUGAUAUUGGUAACAUGGUGGUCCUGAUGGCCAGAGGGAAAAUGGUCCGGUCUCGCAGCGCACAGGAAAAUUUGGACACCACGGCUGAGCAAACCACCAUGUCCAAUGACGACAGACGGCUCUACAGGAUGGUCUGUCACGUAUUUGAGUCCGAAGAUGCUCAGCUGAUUGCUCAGUCCAUUGGUCAGUCCUUCAGCGUGGCCUACCAGGAGUUCCUCAGGGCCAACGGUAUCGACCCAGAGGAUCUGAGUCAGAGGGAGUACAGCGACCUGCUUAACACUCAGGACAUGUACAACGACGACCUCAUCCACUUCUCCAAGUCGGAGAACUGUAGAGAUGUUUACAUUGAGAAGCAGAAGGGGGAGAUUCUGGGCGUGGUGAUUGUGGAGUCGGGUUGGGGAUCCAUCCUCCCCACCGUCAUCAUCGCCAGCAUGAUGCACGGUGGCCCCGCUGAGAAGUCCGGUCGACUCAACAUCGGCGACCAAAUCAUGACCAUCAACGGGACCAGCCUGGUGGGUUUGCCGCUCGGCACCUGCCAAAGCAUCAUCAAGGGGCUAAAGUCUCAGUGCAGGAUCAAGAUGAACAUUGUCAGGUGCCCCCCCGUCACCAUGGUGCUCAUUCGCAGGCCGGACCUCAGAUACCAGCUGGGCUUCAGCGUCCAGAACGGCAUUAUCUGCAGCCUGAUGAGGGGAGGAAUCGCCGAGAGGGGCGGCGUACGUGUCGGUCACCGCAUCAUCGAGAUCAACAGUCAGAGCGUUGUGGCGACGCCUCAUGAGAGGAUUGUUCAGAUCCUGUCCAAUGCCAUGGGAGAGAUCCACAUGAAGACCAUGCCUGCAGCCAUGUACCGCCUGCUCACAGCACAGGAGCAGCCCGUAUACAUCUGACCUUCAUCACGUACUCUUCGUCCAGCUUUUCACUCACAAGUAGCGUUCACCUGUACGACAUCACGCAAACUGCCUUAAAUCCGUAUAGUGCACAACAAACAUGUUCCUGUGUGGUGGUGGUACAGUCCAUGGGUCUCACUGUGCAUUAUAUAGGCAGCAACACAGCGUAAAUGUCACUUUAAAAGUCAAUACAAUAGCUGUCGUAUCUGAAUGUACACUCAAUAUGUUGGACCUAAAUAUUGUCUAAGCUAAAUGUGGAAGCAAAGCAUACACAAUUCUACUGAAUAAACUCAUUCAGAUUGUGUCAGGA